CCAGCGCGUACAGCUCGAGUCGCUAGGCGAUCUGCUGCGCGCGUGCGGACAGAACCCGACGUUGUCGGAGAUCAGGGAUUUGGAAAAGAAUGUUGGGUCGGAUUGUAGGUCUUCCCCGCCAUGACCCAAUACCUCAGGGGGUGCAGGCAACAGACAUCCGGAGAGACAGGCAGAAAUGCGUAGAUCCGGGAGGUGCGGAGAGACGAAGCUAACGGGGAGCAACUAUACAGUCGACUUCGAGACUUUCUCCAAGAUCCUCAACCGCCCAGGCGGAUUCCGCGACCCUGGCGAGCCGGAGGAGUACUGCCGAGGCUUCCAGGUCUUCGACAAGGACAUGACGGGAUUUAUCGGCGUUGGACAGCUUCGCUACAUCCUGACCAACUUGGGGGAGAAGAUGAGCGAUGAGGAGGUUGAUGAGCUGCUCAAGGCUGUGGAUACGAACAAUGGGGAGGUCAACUACACUGAUCUCGUGAGGACAGUAUUGGCGAACUAGAUGGGCGUAUGAUGGGGAUCGGGGGAGUUGCAUGAGGUUACGGGAUGCAUGACGAUUAGCCGGGCUUUGCGGUCGUUCACUUUGUACAAUGGACCGGACGGACGGACGGAGGAGGGAAGGCGUUUCGAUAGUUUUUGCCUUCUUGCGGCUCGCAUCGUAGAGCAAUCGAUUGACUAGAACAAAUC